CUCCGCGGCUCCGUGCCCCGCCGCCUCGGGGCCCCCGCUCCGCAGCGCAGCGCAUGGAGCCCGGCGGGGACCACCGGAGCCGGAGCGGCGGCGGCAGGGGCGGCCCCGGGCCCGCAGUGGCCUCGGCACGGGGUCGACGGCUGCCGCCCACGGCGGCGAGCGGCGGCACGGAGCCCAAGGAGGACGACGGCGGACAAGCUCUUCAGCUGGAAGGGGGUGCCUUGGGGUCCUGGGGGAGUAACCCCCUACCGUCCUCCAGGGCCAGGGGACCAGCAUCUUCAGGCAGGAAAUACUCAGAUCAUUGUGAGGCUCGGGCCUCGAGGCCUGGAAAGAGUCGAAUCCCUGGCAGGGACCACCGGCGCUAUUACCACGACCACUGGCGGCUGGAGUACCUGAUGGACUUCAUCCCCUCCCGGCACGGCAUGGUGUGUAUGGUGUGUGGCAGCUCCCUGGCCACCCUCAAGCUCAGCACCAUCAAGAGGCACAUCCGCCAGAAACACCCCUACUCCCUCCACUGGAGCCCCAGGGAGAAGGAGGUCAUCAGUAGCAGCUGGGACGCCCAUCUGGGGCUGGGGGCCUGUGGUGAGGCCGAGAGCCUGGGGGCCCAGGGGGCUGAGGAGGAGGAAGAAGAUGAAGAGGAGGAGGAGGGGGCCAACCUUCAAGCUUGCCCACCCAAGGGCUCAGGCAAAGCCCCAGCUGGUGGGGGCUGCCGGCGCCAGCGGCGAGGGGUCCGAGGGGGCCCAGUGGCACCUCGGCGCCGGCGCCUCGCAGCCUCCCGAAGGGCUGGGGGCAGCAGGGGGCUGGGGGCCCGGCGCCUGGAGCGGAGGCUGAAGGAGUCACUGCAGAACUGGUUCCGGGCUGAGUGUCUCAUGGACUACGACCCACGGGGGAAUCGGCUGGUGUGCAUGGCCUGCGGCCGGGCACUGCCCAGCCUACACUUGGACGACAUCCGUGCUCACGUGCUGGAGGUGCACCCCAGCUCCCUAGGGCUCAGUGGCCCCCAGCGCAGUGCCCUGCUGCAGGCCUGGGGUGACCAGCCUGAGGCUCUGUCUGAGCUCACCCAGCCCUCACCAGACGAUGACCUCGUCCCCCAGGACCUGACCAGAAAGAGCCGGGACUCCGCCCCCGCUUCUGGAGCCCCCUCCUCUCAGGAUCUCAGCCCCCCAGACGUAAAGGAAGAGGCUGGCUGGGUGCCUGAGAGGCCCGGGCCGGCGGCGGCGGCGGAGGAGGAGGAGGAGGAGGCCGAGGAGGGCGAGGGCGAGGGCGAGAGGGCGGGCAUCCCGGGCCGGCCUCGGAGAGGCCGAGACCAUCGCCGCCACUACCAGGAGCGCUGGCGGCUGGAGUACCUCAUGGAGCUGGACGGCUGCCGGCGCGGCCUGGUGUGCAUGGUGUGCGGGGGCGCGCUGGCCUCGCUCAAGAUGAGCACCAUCAAGCGACACAUCCGCCAGCGCCACCCCGGCUCCAACAGCCUCAGCGGGCCAGUCAAAGCCCUCAUCGCCCAGGAGUGGAGCGAAAAGGCCGCACACCUGCUGGCCCUGGGGCUGCCCAGGCCGGAGUCGCCCAGCGGCCCUGCCGCCCCCAGCACAGCCUCAGCCUCUGAGGAGGGGGGAGGGGCAGAGGAGGCGGAGCCAGAGGAGGAGUGGUGGGGCGACGCGCCGCUGUCCCCUGGAGCUCCGUCGGAGCGACCCGCCGAGGAAGAGGAGGACGAAGACGACAGCCAGGAAUCCGGGGGGCUGGCCUUCCCACCGCUGCCACUGCCGCCACCGCCACCUCCGCCGCCGCCACCUCCUCGUAGUCGGGAGCAGCGGCGCAACUACCAGCCGCGCUGGCGGGGCGAGUACUUGAUGGACUACGACGGCAGCCGACGCGGGCUGGUGUGUAUGGUGUGCGGGGGCGCGCUGGCCACGCUCAAGGUGAGCACCAUCAAGCGACACAUUCUGCAGGUGCAUCCGUUCUCCAUGGACUUCACCCCGGAGGAGCGCCAGACCAUUUUGGAGGCCUACGAGGAGGCCGCGCUGCGUUGCUACGGCCACGAGGGCUUCGGGGCACCUGCCCCGGCGCCACGAGAUAGUGGCGCGGAUCUCAAGCCUGGCGCGGUGUGUCGCGCGUAGCAGUCAUCUGCGCUGGCCUGGCCCUUGGGCUGAGAGACCUUGAUGUCAGGCCCUGGGACCCUCACCUCUCCGCUGGCCAGGCUAGGCCGGGCCGCGGAUGGGGAUGGGAUGGCGUCGCUGCAGUCCUCCGGUGACACUCCGCUGUGUCAGCCUUAGUAUUUGCGCCUCUGGCGCGCACUUGCCCAGGGGUCCCGGCGCUCUUUGUGCUGUGCUUCCAGAAACGCCAAAGCGCCUCCGCAGUGUUUGCAGCGAGCACUCUCGGCCGUCCCCGAGGGCGCAGUGCUGCCAGGCCGGGGUGGGGGCGCAGUCAGUCAGUAUUAAGGUUGAAGGCAGGGCGCAGAGAAGUCAGGAAGGACGGGCUGGCCGCGCGCCCUGGCCAGUGGCCCAGUUCUAUGCGGCCUCACGCCAGCGGGCGCGGCUUUCGGCUCCCAGGCUGUGGGGUCCAAUAGGUAGUCUUGCCUCUCAGAGGCCCAGGCGAUGGACUGGGGCUGAGAAGUGGGCGGGGCGCGGGCGGAAUGGUGGGGCCCAGUCUGCUGCGCCAGCUUCCCCGGCUGGCCUAGGGGACAGCGCACCCAUCCUGGGCCACUGCCACGCCGUCGGGACCCGGGGCAUAAAGGGAUUAGCACUUUUUCUUUAGGCCCUCCUGCUCAGAGGGCGUCUGUUACCCACAUGGUGAAAACAGCGGGAGCAUUCUUGGUCCAGUGCCAGUACCGGUUCACCUCCGGGCGCUGGAGCGGUUGGCCUCUAUUACUGCCCCCUCUGAACGUGAAUUGUUCUCGGUGGACACGCUACUGGUUCUCAGCUCCCAGGGCUUGGGGCCGGGCCUCGGGCCUCCCUUGCUCUUACCCGAAACAGCGCCAGGCCCCGUGGUGCCAAAAGGGCCCCUCAAUCUCCCAGGCAGGUCCGAGAGGGAUAUGUAGAUUUCAUUCUCCCGUGGAGAACAGGUGGUCCGAAGGUCAGGCCCUUUUUUGCUCUUUGUAUUUUAUUUUGAAACUGUAUUUAAUGCUUUUUAUAUGAAGGGGAGAGGGGAACUGGCCCAAUCACCCCUACGUGCAAAUGUCUUAUUUAUUAUGCGUGUAUCAGAGAUAAGCUGUGAGGUGGUGGAGGAAGGACAGAUGGGAGUGUGGUGAGGGGAUUGGGAGUAUUCUAGAUAUCUCCAUGUUCCCCUGGCCUUUUGUCUCCAGGUCCAGUGUCUGCUCUUCACAAAGGGAAGCCACUGCAGGCACUGUGCCCUCCUUUUAAAGUCAGGGUGUGGUGGUCAAGGCGUGGGACCUGGGUUCUGGGGCCAGUGCAGCCCUUGUGGUGAGAAAACAAUAAAAGAAAUCCCUUCUCACCCUCCAGAGCCAGAGCUCAAGGUUCAAGUGCCUCAGGCCCAGUUCCCUAGAUAGAGAUGGAUUUUAUACCACGGAUUUUAUAGCAUUUUUUAUAAUUCAAGCUUGUCAGUGGGAAGGGACCCUGGAGCUUACAAACUGAUCCCUUUCAAAUCUCAACUCCCAGUUUAGUGAGCUUUGCACUAGAUCGCACUGCUUCCAGUCUGACAAGUUACCAAGAUUUAGUUACUUAUAAGGCCUGUCAAAGUGUGUGUUGGGCACUGCAGGCCCACAGCACUUGUGAUUCCUGAGGACAGCAAAGUACUGCACUUCCUGGGAAUGAGGAUGCAGACUGUUUUCAGCAGUGCAGACAUGCCAGUCAGAACUCCAGGUGGGGCCCACUUCCCCUGCCGCUGAGGUUUUCCCAGCAGAAUUAGGCUGCUUAUCUGUGCUUGGUUUGAGGCCAUCAGGUAUUCUGGAACGGCUGCUGGCUCAGUGAAAUUCCAGUUUUGACUAGCCGGGAUUUUGGAGACAGUAUUAAAAUCUUAAAAACAGAGAUUAUGGAUAGUGCCAGGCUGUGCACUUACCCUUUUUUGCUUUCCAUCAUGCAUGUUUUUAAGCUGAGGAUGAUUAUUCUCUCCCACCUCUACAUAAAUCGGAGCUGCCGAUUGUCGUUGCCAGAGCUCACUGCAGAAGUUCAGGUUAGCUGGGGCAGAUGAUUUUGGUAGUCUCCAGGGUAGCAUCAUCUUAGACACUUGCUACAGACACAUUCUUGGCCCAUCUGAUUACUAAAAAAGGGUGGGACCCACAAUACAUUUUGAUAGGCCUUUCUCAUACAGUUGCAACUCUCAAGGUGGUUGUCAAGUACCUCUGCAGUGAUUCUGCCAUGAUGACCUAUGGUCUCUAGGGGCUGGUGAGUCUCCUCCCUCGGAUUCUGACAUGAACAGGUGAAGUUCCUUCAUUGUUUUGUUAAUGAUUAUGCUUGCUAUUAUGGCCCAUAUGUAUAUGUUACUCUGGAUACAUAUUUAUAUGCCAUGUUACUUAGUGACACUAUUCAAACAUUUGUAUGUGUAUUUGUGAAGUUGUUUGCAUCAGUCAUAAAGUAGACCCCCCCCCCGCCCCCAGAGGUAUGUUGAAUAAAAUCAAGAAGCCCAGCCCUGAGUCACAGUCAACUUAGUUUGGGGGCAGAGCAAAUCAGAGGAGUUCUGAUGUCAGACCAGACAUGCAAUGACCAGCUCAGUUUUAGCUUUCAGCUGCAUGUGGUUUACAGGCUGCUUCUUGUGGCAAGUGGAGAAUCUUCCCAUUCCCAGGCAGGUGAGAAGCUGAACCAGAGCCUUUCACCCCAGCCACUUCUAAGGUCAUCCUUUACAGGGUCCCUAACUUCAUUUUAAAAACCAAAUGCAGUGCAGCUUGUGCUCGGUGCCAUGGGAAUCCUUGCAAUCUUAGGAGUUCUUCUUCAAAGUUCCUGGAAUGAGGGUGGGAGUGAGUGAAAGCCUUUGCUCUCACUUCACCCAAACUGUGUACAAAGAAUAAAGUUGCAGACUGAUGAGA